CCCAUCUCGCCCCCCCCCUCCAUGUUCCUCAGCGAUGGCGGCAAGAACAACCCCUUCGAUAAUGUUAGCUUUAGGGGCGGGUCCGAUAAGACGAGUCGCCUGGGGGAUAAGCAGGAGGUCUUCAACUACACCUUCGGCAGUAUUGAGGAUGAAGGAGGCGUCACCCGACCGGACCCCGGGGAGCUACAGCAGGAGGUGUUGGAGCUGGCACACACCAACCGGCGCCUCACGGGGGAGAACGCAGACCUCACCGCCCACCUCACCCACGCCGAGGAUACCAACCUCUCCCUCAGAGAACAAUGCCACCACCUGGAACACACGCUCAGCAGUGUUCAGCAGCAACUGGUGGCAGCGCGCAGGCUGGAGGCAGAGAUGGAAGAGGUCCAGAACCAACUGGAGUGUGAACGGGAGGAGAAGGAGCAGUUGCAAACACGCCUCACAUACCUGGAGAAGGACAACCUCACGCUCACCACCAGGCUUGAGGACCUCCUGCAACAGAUGGAGAGUGACCAAGAGGAUACGGAAAGCCAGGCAGCACUGCAGGCAGAGCUGGUGAAGAAUCACAAGGAUGAGGUGGCCACACUGGUCAAUGAGCUGGCCAAGUGGAAGGUUGAAGCUGAAACACAUGCACUGGCUGCACAUCAUCUGGAUGAAACUGCUAAGGAUCUUAGAAAACUCAAUACGGCUCUCCGGGAUGAAAAGGCCAAUUUGGAGGAACAGCUGGCCCACUUGAAGGAGGAGCUUGUCUCAGCUACCCACUCUGAGACAGAAAUUAGUGGCAUUGAUGUGGGUGAAGAGGCUGAACAAAAUAAUGUGGAUUCAGAGGAAGUAAUGUUGUCCAGACCUCACAGUAAGGGGACCUGGGGAGCACCUUCGUUCUCCACUCCUUACUGCAACAAGUCAGCUUUAUCAUCCCCUGAAGAUACUCCUCUCAGCAUACACUCUGAAAUACAAACAAUGGGCGAGUACAGCGGGUCAUUGCCGUUCUGCGAGAAGAGCAAAAACACUACCUCAUCUGUCGUUAAGAGUGAGGCUGGUGUGAACACUGUGCCUCAGCCUUAUCUCUCGGACAAAAGUUUAUCAUCACUGACUAGUCUUCUUAACAGCAUGUUAAAAUGGUGGAGAGACUGGGAGGAGCGAGGUGUUCCACUGCUGAAGGGAACGAUUGAGGAAGACACUGCUGCCCUUCACGUCCACUUCAUAGCUCACCAUGAGGAGCUGCUGAAAUUAGAGAAGGAACUACAGGAGAUAAAGAAACAAAUUGUGAUACAUACUCCUCCACCGUCCUCUGGAAGAACGUCAGUAAGUGAUGGUUGUAGGGAGGGUUCACUGAGUAGCCCCCGUGAUACACAGUUGCCAUCUGCCCAACAUGUUACGCCCAAAUCAAAGCCCCAGAAGACUCCAGGGUCUCUUGUGUCUCAGUUGAUCUCUAGAUUUGAACAGUCUAGUCGUUCCACAAGUCCAGCGUGCUCAGAGCUGAGUGACAGGUUUGGAUUUGUGGAGUGUAAUAGUAAUUUAUCCAAAAUGGUGGAAAGAUCCAGGGCAGGCAGAGGUUCAUCGAGUUCUUACCCGGAUCAUGAUUGUGGCCGCAGCUCUCCCAGUUAUGAUGGUGGUAGAAGUUCUGCCAGUUCUGACUUCGGUAGAGCUUCCCCUAGUUCUGAACACACCUCGCCUACUUUUAAGACCAUGGAGGAUCAUAAGAUUCAAAAGAAAAACUCCUCUGAGUCAGACUCAUGCUUAGGCAGCAAUUUAGUGAUAAGUGAAGAGAGUGGUGAUGAGCAUUAUUGUAGCAGUGAUAUACUGAGUGCCAAAGACUGUGUGGGUGAAACAAGCCCAACUUCUCAGGAAUAUAUUGAUAUUGUACUUCAUAACAGUAUUGAACAAGAUACGGAUUUUACUUACAUGGAUACUGAAAAUACAGUGCAAGAAACGAGCACGACUGUAGUGUGUGAUAAUAUAGAGGAAGACAACAAAGAGGAGGACCUUCCUGAAGAUACAGAGAAGUUUGGUGGAAUAUUACUAGACUGUGGCCUUGAAACUGAGGACCUCGUGACAAAAGAAGACAACAGAAAGGAGGAUAACAGAAAUGUGGAGAAUGAGGACCAUACAGGUUCAUCAGCACACAGAGAUGACCAAGAAAAGGAUAAUGGAAGCACCACCACCGUCGAGGUUGAUAUUGAACUAGAAACCGACAUAUACAUGGAGACCAGUCACUUGAUGAAGCUGAUGAAUGAAGUAGUUGAGCAGAGGACCAUCAUUCAACAACUGAGGGAACAGCUGACCCUCAUGGAAGAUAAGAAGGAGUCUUUCACUGCUGUGCUGACCCGCUUGUAUCGUCUCACCCUGCAGGUCUCCACAGAUACUUACAAGUAG